GAGAGAGGGAGAGAGAGAGAGCAUCAAGUCACCGGGAUAGGCUCCACUAUCCUCACACUGUAAGGUACAAGUGCCACAAGGAGACUAUAUUCCUCUGAAAUAAUGGAUGGGACAAAGCCGGCCAUGGAGUCCAACGCGGAGGAGACUCAGGACGAGGGGCAGGAGAGCAAAGGAUGCUUCGAGUGCUGCAUCAAGUGUCUGGGCGGGGUGCCCUACGCCUCCCUCGUGGCGACCAUCCUCUGCUUCUCAGGCGUGGCUCUGUUCUGCGGCUGCGGCCACGUGGCGCUCACCGGCACCCUGACCAUGCUGGAGAACCAUUUCUCCAGGGUCACCAGCGACCACGCCACCCUCACCAUGGUGAUCCAGAUCUUUCAGUACAUCAUCUACGGCAUCGCCUCCUUCUUCUUCGUCUACGCCAUCAUCCUGUUGGCUGAGGGAUUUUACACCACCAGCGCCAUCAAGAAGGAGCUGCAGAGCGACUUCAAGACCACCGUCUGCGGACGCUGCAUCACCGCCUUUUUCAUGUUCCUGACCUACAUCCUCGCUCUGGCCUUCCUCGCCAUCUUCGGCUUCACGGCCAUCCCCGUGUUCCUCUUCUUCAACAUGUGGACUACCUGCGCCGCCAUGAAGUCUCCCGACGCCAACAUCACCUCACCUGACUCCAUCUGUGUGGACGUCAGGCAGUAUGGUGUUAUUCCCUGGAACGCCACACCGGGAAAAGCUUGCGGAGCCACACUGGGAGACAUCUGUAACACAAGCGAGUUCUACCUGUCCUACCACCUCUACAUUGUCGCUCUAGCCGGCGCCGGAGCCACUGUCAUUGCACUGAUCCACUACCUGAUGAUCUUGGCGGCCAACUGGGCUUAUCUGAAGAGCGCCGUCUCCACGCACGAGUACCAGGACAUCAAGACCAAGGAUGACCAGGAUCUGGAGGCCGAGGCGCGCUCCAAGGAGGGCCAGAACUCCUCCUCCUACUCAUAAGGACAAGAGAUCCUCUCCAGCCGCCACCCAUCUCCGCUCCACACCUCAACCCCCCACCCUACAACAACCCAGCGCCCACCCCCUCCCUCCGUUAAAACAAACCACCUCGGUCAUGUUCGAUAGUCCCCCCAGCCUCCUGAUUCUCCAUCCUCUUCCCUUCCCCGAUGUUGAUUAAGAGUUGUGGGAGCGUACCCACAGCAGAGGGGAAGAGAAUAGAGGGUCAGGAGAAGCGGAAGGCCCAGACGGAGGCAGAUGUUUCAGAACGGGCGAGCCCGCCCCGCCGGGGUUGAGCUCAGGUACGGUACAUCAGUUCAGAAGUGUCUCCUCCCCCCCCGUGCUUUUGGGGCGGCGGCUCGUGAACGUGGCCCGGCUGUGAUGGCCUCGCGCCCUGAGCCAGCACAGCCUCUCGACACACAGCUCCUAACAGCCUAAAAAAAACAUUGUUCACUGUCAGCUUCAGCCACAGGGAAGCCAAGCAGCGACCAACUUCCUCUGUUUUUUUGGUGUUUUAUAUGCAUAUAUAUAUGAAUAUGAAUAUAUUGUGCGAAUGUGUAUGAAUGUUGUUGUUUUUUUUAAUAACUCUCUGAAAAGUAUGCCAGGUACUAUUAUGAUCUUUUUUCUUCUUUAUGUUUUGGCGCUCAUAGGUUUUUUUCUCCUUUACUUUUCUUCUCCAUCCUUAACUUUUUAUUGCUAAUGCUCAAUAUGUGUUGCACUAUUUAUGAAACAAAAAACAAGGAGGGUGAAAAUCCCUUAAAAACACAAGGCACCCCCCCCCCCCCCCCCCCCCCCCCCCGUCUCUCAUAGAAAACCCCUAAAACACUCAAAUCAUGUGGUAUCUCAAGGAUUAAUUGUGCGUUUACAUGAUCAGAGUUGAUUUAUCCACGAUGGUAUUUACAGAUAAUUUAAGACCAGAGGUGCAGCAAACUUUUUUAAAGGAAUAGUUAAAAUAUGUUUGUUUUUUUUGCCAACAGUUAGUUGAGAAGAUUGAUACCUCACUCACAUGUGUGUGGUAAAUAUGAGGCUUCAAACAGGAAGUAGCUUGGUCUGGUUUAGUCAGAAUAUAAAAAAAUUCACCUAACAGCCCCUCUAAAAAUUAGAAAUUAACCCGUUUUUUAAUUUGCACAAGAACCAAAGUCUAAAAACAAGUUGUGGUUUUACAGGGGGGUUAUUUCUCAGCUAGAUAUAGGUUACUGUAUUACUUAAUGAGAUUGGUAGGCUGAUUUUGUUGCUUUCCCCCAUUUCUAGAUAAGCGUUUACUUGGUAUUUUCGAGAGUAGUAUCAAUGCUGUCAUCUAAGUCUUGGCAAGAAAGCAAAUACAAAUCUCAAAAUGUCAAACUAUUCCUUUGAAGAUCUUUACGGUUUUUGCUACUCUCAUCACCAGCGGCAGCAGAAAUCAAAGAUAAAUCUGUCCGGGUCUUUUAAGGCAAAGAAGACACACACCUCAGGUAUCAAACUAAAUCUGAUUUUAGUCAGUUGUGUUCCUUUUCUAAACCUUCACCAUCUAAACGCUAACCCUCACCGGAUUGGUGCGCUGUCCCGUGUGAAUUAUACAGUCAAACCUGUUCUCUCAUUUUCUAAAAAAAAAUUCCUCCUUUUGCGAAUGAAGUUCACCUGUAAAUAGCCAAAUCACCCUAAAAGAUCUCGAUUUACACUUCUCCCAAAAAAAGGGGAGAAACACAAUCAGUGUUUUGCCAUGCUCUUCUAUUAUUUUUUUUUUUCCACAAAUAUAUGUAAAUGUACCCUUUGAGAUAUGUGUUUAGCACUCAAAUACUAGUUCUGCAUUUGAUAUAAUAAUUGUAAUGUAACAUCUUAAAUGAUAUGUCGUGAGAGGGAUACAGUACAGUCAUGAUAUGAUAUGAUGGAUGGAGGUGAUUGUGACGUAUACAUUUUAAAAUGUGAAAAAAAAAUAAUAUGGAAAUUGAUUUUUAAUGUUUGAUCAGUUUUAGGCAGCUGGGUUCUUCUUGUGAUUCAGUAAUAAUGAUUUUAUGGAUCUUGUUUGUGCUUAUUUUUCAAUGGCCAGCCAAAUGAGUGACUCAACACGCCAGUUGAGGAAAAUGUCAUUUUUUUUUCUCUUUAUUUUUCCUCUUUAUUUUUAUCGUCAUGCCUCUCACAUGAGCCACAGAGACUGUUUUGGAUGUUUACACUCAGAAUAAAACAAGUCAGGAAUUUUCAUACAUUAAUUUUAUAAUCAAAUAUUGUUUAAUAAUCAUAAACUAUAUUCUAUAUUGAUCAUCACUGGUUAGUUUACCCUCAAAAAACACUGAAGAAGACAAAAUUUUUGAACUUUGAUGAGAUGAAGCAUGUCAGUAUCGUCCAUGUGUGCAGCUGUCUAUUCUGUAUAAAAAAGGACUAUAUUGCCAUGUGUGUUAUGUUUGAUAAAUAUACGUGCUUUGCCGCCAGGUUGAUGUAAAGGCAAACUUCAGUUUCCUAUAGGACGAUGCGUGUCAGGGUGUUGUUGUUUCCUCGUUAUUUGCAUGAAGGAGACAUGACUGUGUCUUUGCAGUUUUUCAGGUGAUGUGUAGUCAAUUGUACUGACAACUAUGGUAGGCGGUGUUUGCCCCUCUUCCUCCACAACCCCCCCGUCCCCUUUCCACCCACUCUUUUCUAAAGAAAACUCCAUUGUACUUUGAUGGCAUUGUAGUCCCUGUAGGUGUUUCAUUAUGGUUUUAUUUUUUAAGUUGGAAAUAGUUCUAUGACUCCUAUAUAGUGAUGAUUUUUGUAACCUUCUCUAGUAAAACCGAUAUUUUUUAUUAUCGUGA